UUUUAGUACUUAGGUACCUACAUAUACUCUCCUGCUCUUCCAACAACCUUAGGUUAAUAUUCUCUUAAUACAUAUUUCUAUAAGAAUGGCUCUCGCAAAUCGAAUGAAGCAAUAUGAAACCGCAUUCAACGUGACGCUACCUAUCUCGUCUCCGAUCGUUCUGCGUAUAGAUGGCCACUGCUUCUCACGCCUCACGGCCCAGACAUACUUUCGGCGACCCUUUGACCAGCGCAUUCACGAUGCCAUGAUUGCUACUUGCUCUGACUUUCUACUGAACUUCUUCCCCGAUGCUACUGUUGCUUACACGCAGUCUGACGAAAUCACGCUAGUGUUUCCGAGAGGUGAUAAGUUCUUUGCCCAGCCGGUGCAGAAGAUCGCAUCUCUGGUUGCUGGCUAUUGUAGCGUGCGGUUUAAUGCGCACCUUGCAGCUUCAUUAACCCCGGAUCUCAGAGAUCAGCUCCAAGGCGGGGUUGAGCUCCUGCUUGGUACCGUAUACUUCGACGCCCGGUUCUUUACUGUGCCGAGCAUCGAGGAAGCUCUGAACUACUUGCUUUGGCGAUGCUCUGAUUGUGCAGUAACGAGCGGCAUCAAUGCGCUUGCGAGUACCUUACUUAGCGAUAGCCAAAUCCGCAAUAGGACUUGCGAAGAGCUAGUAGAGAUGAUGCGUCGGGAGAAGAACGUCAUCUACGAGGAAGUCGUACCGAGAUGGGCAGUCGAGGGAUGCCUUGUGAAGAGGGAGUUAUAUCAUCAUGAGCUCCCGGAUACUCGAAUAGGCCAGACGGGGAAGAAGUCGGCGAUGACGACUCGCACCAGUACGGAAGAGAGGGGGGUCAAAGAAUUCACUACGGACAACCUCAAAUUAGUAACAGAAGAGUAUUGGAGUGACAUUGGUUCUUCUUCAGUUUCUAAGAGGGUAGUUCCUAUUAUCACUGAUAACAGCUCUGUUGACACUGCAAAUGCGACUAUAUUCGGUCCCAACGUCUACGUAUUCGAUCCGAAGAUGCCCGCAGCUAAUAUCCAGGACAAAGUAACAGCCAUCUUCAAGCAGAUGGAAGCUAACGAGUUUGGGACGGAGAGGUAUGCUCUUCUUUUUAAACCGGGAGUCUACAACAUACUAUUUGAUAUAGGCUUCUACACGCAGGUCGCUGGACUCGGUAGGAAUCCAGACGAUGUGUUGAUUGAAGGCGGUGCCAACGUUCCGGCCUACUGGAUGCCGAACCGUAACGCCACGUGUAACUUUUGGCGAGCAUUCGAGAAUUUUUCUAUCAACGCCUCGGCGGCCACUAAUAACACUACGACGAUUGCAGUCUCACAAGCCGCUCCACUGCGGCGCAUACAUGUGCGAAGCUCGAACGGUCUCUGGCUAUUCCAGGUCGACCCGAGCACGGGAGCGGGAGGUUGGGCUUCUGGAGGGUUUAUGGCCGAUUCAGUAGUUGACUACCAGGUGCUUCCCGGCUCGCAGCAGCAAUGGCUAUCACGAAAUAAUAAAUACGGUAGCUGGGCUAACGCCGUGUGGAAUAUGGUAUUUGUCGGUGACUCCAGUGCACCUAGCCAAGAUAACUUCCCAGCUUCCCCAUAUACUACCGUGGAUCGGACUCCUAUCGUGAGGGAGAAGCCUUUCCUUUACAUCACAGCUCAGGGUCAAUAUGAAGUUUUUGUGCCCGCAUUACAGACCAACACAAAAGGGCCUAGCUGGACGGAUGGGUCUUCAACGGCUGGCCUGUCUAUCCCUAUUGACCGAUUCUACAUUGCUCAGCCCUCCACAUCCAGUGCGGCAAGUGUCAAUUCGGCGUUAGAUUCUGGGAAACACGUCAUCUUCGCACCGGGAAUCUACAAACUUGACCACGCCUUGCGAAUUUCCCGGGCGAACACCAUCGUCCUUGGACUGGGUCUACCCUCGCUUAUUCCAACAUGCGGUCAACCAGCUCUAACCGUUGCCGACGUAGAGGGUGUGACGCUCGCGGGUCUUAUAAUUGAUGCGGGCGAGAUUAGUUCACCAACUCUCGUCGAAGUCGGACCGCCGAAUAGUUCAGCCGAUCACGGGACAAACCCGACGUUUCUCUACGACUUGACGAUACGAACGGUCGGCCACGCCAAGAACGAGGUCGGCAUCAUCAUCAACAGCUGCAAUGUAGUCGGCGACCAGCUUUGGCUGUGGCGGGCGGAUCACGGCGACGGUGCAGCCUGGGACGUUAACCCUACGAGCAACGGCGUGGUGGUCAACGGCGACAACGUGACGAUAUAUGGUCUGUUUAACGAGCAUCACAAAGAGUUUCAGACAGUCUGGAACGGAAAUAAUGGCCGACUCUACUUUUACCAGUCUGAAAUCCCCUACGACCCCCCUAACCAGGAGUCAUGGAUGAGUAAAGACGGGAGGGCCAACGGGUUUGCCUCGUACAAGGUCGCCGACAGUGUGACGAACCACGAAGCUUGGGGGCUAGGCAUCUAUUCGUACUUCCGGGACUCCCCUACAAAGCUGGAGAACGCCAUCGAAGUUCCGGAGGUCGAGGGCGUCAAAUUGCAUCAUAUGACCAUUGUGUGGUUAAACGGAGUGUCUGGUAGCGAGAUUACUCAUAUUGUCAACGGGGUUGGUGGCCGUGUCUAUGCGAACCAGCCAGAGUCUGCGAUGCGCCAAACCCUAAACGAGUUUUCGGGUGGUAGCAAGUCAUAAUCUGAACUUGGGACUGCAGCAUAUCUUCUGAUAGUUUCGUAAAGGCUCGUUUCUAUGGUAUAAUCCUACCUAAUUAUCUGAUACUUGCUGGUAAGGCUCAACCUGUGCUAUAUCGGUAGCUUAUUGACAGCUAGGAUUAUGGGAUAGGAUUUACAUAUUCAAGGUUUAAUCGCAGCCAAAUAUUUCGUCAGCUUAGCUCUCGGUCACGUCAGUCGCACGCCAGUACGCAAUGAAUAGGCUUGGCGAAUACAUAUCUUAUAAGAAUAUAUCUGAGGAUGCAUGGUAUGACCUGACAUGCAAUACCUCAUCCUCCAGCACCUAGCAUCCGGUCUGAGUGGGAGGGGAAUGUAUUACAUAGAUCAUAUGACACGUGUAAAGCCCGAAUGUUUUCGAUGGGACCAUUUCGAAGUUUAGACGUUAUCUCCGAUACUCUGACGGACGAAUAGAAGGUACGAAUGAUAUUGGUUCAAGCUUCAAACCCCAGGACCCCCAAUGCAUACGUCUCCAGUGUGGGUAGAUAUCCCCGCGGUUCCGGAGUUACCCACGAGGGGUCUUGUACAUAUGUAGUUCCUAGCCUAGUCGUGCUCAGGCAGCCCAUGUAAGGUUAGUUAGGAUGUUGCAUCUUCAUGCACGUCUAAACGCGUGUGUAUGUAUAUACUGGCAGCCUGCUAUACCCAGAGGCUGAACUUCAUACGGUACCCAAUAAUAGAUAUUAGAAUGUUGCAUC